GAGUACUCAGAUCCUUGACCUUAUCAAACUAAAAAAAGGAUGGUUAAGCAACCUUUAAAAAAGUCAUACAUUAAUUUACUCUGUUAAGCAGUAAUGUAGAUCAAAUUGUUACAACCCUACUGUGAUUGCACGCAGGAGGGCGGAGUUGCAUCAGCUGGGCAGGAGUCUGAAGCAGCCCCCGCCGCCAACAGGACUGUUGCUAGUGGACGCAGUGAUCAUGCAGGAGGGAGCUGGCGAUAAGCUGACAGACCAGUGGGAACGGGAGGGGGGGACCACCACGAUGGGCAAAUACCCCCCGUCCUCCGUACAGUCCCUGCUGCGUUCCUACCUGGUCCGUGGCAUUCCCAUCCACGUCAAGCACUUCGUAGUCUCAUACUUCCUGUACGAUAUUGUCCACACGCUCCACCCACACAGCUUGAGUGAAGACGUAAAGACAAAACUGCUCUCAUAUUGUUCAGAAUUCGGACAUUCAGACAGCCAGUGUAAAAUUGCUACUGCAUUUUGGUGCUUGGAUCAUUGCAAAUACCAGGUGGGAGGGAGUAUGCUGCUGUACGAUGCUGCCAAUAAGGAGGACAUCCAGGUGUACUGA